UCCAAGAUGUCGGAUGCAAGGCACGACAGUAAUGUCAAUCUCAAGACGAGAACCAACCAACUACAAGCCACCUGCGUACUGACAACAACCAUUAUGAUAUGUGUACUAAUUGCGAUAAUUGCACUCAUCAUCUCGGCUGUCGCAAUCUCCAAACCCGUUGGCUCUGAAAUUACAGUCCAGGGUGAAACAACAAUUACUCAGCAAACUCCCCAGCCUGCAAUAGCAUACUCACCCAGUACCUAUGACGCCAGCUGGUGUCAGGCCUCCAAUAGAAGGAGAAUUUACACAGUGGCCGCUGGAUACGAUAUUGGGCCCUAUGAAUAUAAUGACGACAGCGGAUUUCAAGUUGGAUUCGGUCACGACCUUAUAGACGCAGUGUGUCAGGAGGCGGGAAUUGAUUGCAGGAUUGUCACGGAGCCAUACACCAACUGUAUGUUCUCAGAGAAAGGGCAGCCAGAGAGAGGGGGGAUAGGACUUAUGGAAGGUUGGUACGACGCCUGCACCGGGUGGCUGGCCUCACGCCAACGGAAGCAGGUUUUCGCAUUUUCCAAGCCGUUUUUGAAACCAUUCGAGGUCUAUUUCUACGCUUUACCUGGACUUAAUCCAUUCAAUAUCACUGGGAAGAAAAUAGGACUGAUAAGCGGGUUCUUCACUAACGAAGCCUGCCUGGCCGGACUGGACCAGGUGGCUGGAAGAGACGUCCCGCACUCCAACGUUUUCCAAGCCGAGACGCUUGAUAUGCUCCUGGCUAUGAUCCUGAAUGGAACUGUAGACGUGGGUUUAAGCACGGGGCCUGCUAUGGCCACCAAAAUCAAUGGCACUAAUAUCCAACGGUUCCCAUCGGAUCCCAUGUUCUGUAAGAAUGCUGGACAGCCUGGAAUGAUGACCCGUAAAGACAAUGACUUCAACUCUAAAUGGAAUGAAGGGUUUGAGAAACUUGUCUCUUCAGGUCGUUUUAAACGGUUAUGUGAUGAGGCACGGAUCAAGCACGGUCAUCGCGGUGAGAUUGACUGUGUGGAUGCCUAACAACAGCUGGGAUCUUUAACCUUCACCUUGAUUGCUAAAUCACAAAACAAUGCAUCCGUUACCUUCACCUUGAUGGUAUCAAGACAGAAAUAUAGGAAUUUGUAACUUUCACCUUGAUGGUUAAAACAAAGAUGUAGGCGGCCGUAACCUGAACUUUGAUGUCUUAAUCCCAGAAGAUAUCUAUGACCUUCAUCUUGAUAGCUAAAC